AUGCCGAGCGUCUACUUCGACCCCAGCAGCGACGACUACCGCGACUGGAUGGAGUGGUGCGUCCCCUACCUCACCAUCUGCCUCCGUCGCCCGCAAUUCGACGACAUGUUCGACAUCGCCGCCAGCCCCUGGCACGAUGCCGUCGCUACUCACUCUGCCAGUCCAGCCACCCGACAGCGGCGGCACAACGUGAAUGAGACGAAGAAGCUGCUGAGCAUCGUGCCCGCCGCCGCUGGCCCACCACCCAUGAACUACGUGAUGAAGACCGCUGGCUUCCUGAAGACACCGCCCAGGGCGCCGGCGGGUGCCUGGAUCACGAGUUACCGCAUGCAUGUCCACCUCUUCAAGCACACGUGCCUCUUCGGAUGUCCGACCAUCGAGAGCAAGAGGGGCACUGACGAUAUCGCGCGCUGCAUCAGGUGCCCGAGGAUGUGGAGCCAUCUCUGCCUUCCGCGCGGACAAGUCUCGCCGAACGUCAUCACGCGCCUGGGCCUCAACGGAGAGCAGAUCGAUGACGACGCCAUUCCGCGCUCCAUCGCCCGCCUGGCCGUGGCCUUCAAGGUCUACAACUUCCUACGCAUCCAGAAUGCCGUGAACAUCGGCUCGGCCUCCAUCAACGAGGCCAGGGCCCCCGUUCACCCGUCCUACGACACCCACGACAAGAACAAGGUGCUUUCCCUUGGCACGGCCGACAGGGGCGCCGCGGAGACGUUCCACAAUGCCGCCGCCCUGGGGGCGGUGCAGGUCGCGCUGCGUUCCUACCUGGGGCUGGCGAGCGGCGACGCUUGCGAGGCCACCGGCGUGGAGCUCCGCGCCCUGCGCCGCCUGGCCGGCGGCGCCGUGGGCGGCCGGCGCGCGGAGGCGCUGUGGGAGGUGCUGGUCUACGCGACGGUCACGGUGGAGGACCCCGGCCGCGUGGCCCUGGUCGCGAACCGCAUCGGCUCCCUGACCGCGGGCCUCAACGGGUCCCGGGAGCGGCUGCAGGCCCUGCUGACCAUCGGGCUGGCCGGGCUGGGCGUGGAGCCCGGUGCUCACGGUGCUCUGGGUGCUCUGGCCAGAUGGGUGUUUUGGGUGCUCCCAGUGUGCUCGGUGAUCACGAUUCCACACGGGAUGCACGGCCCACACGGGACGAUGCACGGCACCGCAACGAAGGCCGCCAUCUCGCGCAAAACGGGAAGGGGGUGA